AUGGGGGACCGAAAGAAGAGAAAGAAGAAGACUAGCCACUCCAGGGAUAGAGUUAAGAAAAAGAGAAAGACCAAGGUCUCAAGAAAACAUAAAAAGCAUGUUGAAAAGAGUGAUGAUGAGUCCAGUGAUGAGCCAGGUGAAUCCAGAAGAUCUGCUUUGAAAACCAGCAAAGACAAGAAGUCCAAGAGAAACAAGGCCAAGAAAAGCAAGAAAAGAAAAAAGAAGGGAAAGCAGAGAAAACACCGGGUGAAGAAGUCAAAAAAGAGCAAGAAGCAACACAAGAGAAAGUUGCCUAAAUCAAGCUCCCACAGCUCAGAUGAAAAAUCAAAAAAGAUUCCCUUCCAAGAUUAUUCACUGGACAGUGAAGAAAGUCAGAGAUUGAUUGGACCAGAAGUUCCAAAAGCACUCAGUGUUUCGGAUGACAGACCUGUGAGCUGCGGUCACGCUCUAUUGCCUGGCGAAGGCGAAGCCAUGGCUGAAUAUGUGAAAGCUGGAAAACGGAUCCCUCAGAGAGGAGAAAUUGGCCUCACCAGUGAAGAGAUUGCAUCAUUUGAAUAUGCGGGAUAUGUCAUGAGUGGAAGCAGGCAUCAUAGAAUGGAGGCCGUGCGUCUCCGAAAAGAAAACCAGGUCUAUGGGGCCAAUGAGAAACGAAUCCUGGAGUUAUUGAACCGAGAAGAACGACAAAAGAGAGAAAGCAGGAUUUUAGCUAGCUUCCGAGAAAUCUACAGAAAGACAAAGGGGAAGGAGAACAAAUAG